GCUGACUUUGUAACAGAAGAAGAAGAAGAAGCUACAACAACAGUCUGUCCGACAUCUUCUCUCUCGGCUGCCUGCGGACUCCUUGUUGAGUAUUUCGAUUUUAAAUGCGACAGGAGCAAAAGUUUGAUCUGUAGCGUCAACUGAGCGCGAGGCAGGAGCACGUGACAUCGGCUGGGAUGGCGGCUGACCGGCGCGAGGACAAAGAUGGAGAGCUGAAUGUUCUAGAAGAUCUUCUGACUGAAGCUCCUGAUCAGGACGAUGAGCUCUACAACCCCGAGACUGAGCGCGAUAUCAGCGACAAGAAAGGAACGAAGAGGAAGAGUGACCGCUCGGAUAACCAGGAUCUGAAGAGGCUCCGCUCUUCGUCAAGCCACGCCCCCUCCAGGUCCUCAUCUAACAAUAAGAGAGAUCCUGGUCCACCUCUGUCUUCUUCCUCCUCCUCCAAGAAGCCGGCACCCAGUUCUCGUGGACGUCAUGCUGCAGUCGCCACCGGCUACCGUCACGAAUACUACGAGGAGCGGAAAGGGAGACGAGGGGCCAGAGAAGUAACCAGGAGCCGGGGAGGAGAGGACGCACGCCGCCGAGAGCCUCCGAGAGUCAUGGAGGGUCUGAGCCAGAAGUUAAGACGUGACGAUCAGCGGGCAAGUCCCUGUCCCCAUGAGGAGGUCAACCAAUCCGAGGAGGAGAGGCAGCAGGGGAAUAUGGCUCAGCGGG